CACCUUUUCCUCCUCCAUCAAACAAAGCACCUCAUUUCUACUCGGCCGUUGUGCCAUCUGCUUUGAAAAGCUUCAAACGGCGAGUAUCCGUCGCGUUUGAUAAUUGCAGAAGAGUUUGACGUUGAUCAACCUACUGCAUCUAUACUGGGUCUCCCGUCCUCCACUGUUCCCGUCCGUCUGGCGUUUGGAUCGUUUCCGUUUGCUGUCGGUACUUGGAUAGAAGGGCACUCAGCAUAUAAUUUGGAGGUACCCGCUUGUCCUUGGAGGCGUUCCGUUGAAUUCUCCAAGGUACUUGGUCUUUGCUCGAGCUGCCCGCAGAACCACAAGUACCCUCCCACCCCUGGCGAAUGCCCAACCCCAGGCACUCGUUUUUUUUUACACUUAGCAACUGAGGCAGCGUCCAUCACCUCAGGAAAGCACAAGCCCAGCGCCCACUUUCCACUCCCAGUUACCUCGACACUCCGCCAAAUCCAACCUACACCAACCACACCAUAUUCAUCCUACAUACUUCUUAUCUCCAACUCAUCACCGCGACAUCGACUUUCGGUCGACUAUCGCAUCGCGUAGUAUCGCAUUGCAGUGCACGCUACGCUUUUAUCACUUCUGAUUUCCUGCGAUAUUCCUUUCCGCCGAUUGCCGACGCCUGACACGAUCCUCCAAUUCCCUCUGCUCGGGCUCGCCUCCCAUUCUCGUCUCCUGGUCUCGUGGUUUCUCGCGAUCCUCGUCCCCCGCCCGACCGCGCGCCUGGCAACUUGGACCGCGUCCACGUCUCCUUCGCUGGUGAUCCCUUCGCUCGCGACCUUUGGCUUCACUGCCCGUCACGUCCACGUUGGGACGCUAUCCAGCGCUGCUCCGCCUGGUGGCACGCCCCCGUGGCUACACGAGCCCCCGACUGCUGUCGUAGCUGCAGCAGAGCCUAUAGGCCUCUCUGUCUCCUCUCCGGUUACUUCUGAACUGUCAUGGCCAUGAAUCCAAACGUUAACAUGGCCAACAUGAACCCCAUGGGUGGUCCUGUUGGAGGUGCCCCCAUGCCCAUGAUGAACAACGGCGGCGUCAACCCCCAGGCUGCUGCGGCUGCUGCCGCCGCGUCUCGCCAACAGGCAAACGAUAACCAGCGUAGCGUUCUUAACACCUAUAUCUACGAAUACUUUAUCCGCAUGGGAAUGUACGAUUGCGCCCGAUCUCUCCUUUCCAGCGAUCAACAGGUCAACGUCCUCAGUAAGGAUGGCGCGAACCGUCGUCGCGACGAGAACGGAAAUGUCAUCAACGGUGUUGGCGACGAUCCCAUGGAUACCGAUUCGAAGGACGACAUCGAUUCCAAACUUCCUGAAGACUUGCCGCCGCCGAAGCUUCCCAUGCCUGCUUCCGACACCUCUUUUCUCUACGAGUGGUUCUCCGUCUUUUGGGACAUUUACUACGCGCAGCGCGCCAAGAGCGGAAACAAUACCAUCAACCAAUAUGUUCAACAUACUCAGGUAAGCCAUCUUUUUCUUUCUGUCAUGCUGCCACCCAGGGCACUCCAGUCUGGCAUCUCACCCACUCAAUGGAUGAUGGUGUCAGAUUGACUGCCAUGCCCCUAACAUUUGGUAACCACUUUGGCUGGUGACCAAUGCUGACCCUCGGUGGCAAUGUAGCAGCAAUCCCGGCUAAAGCAGAAUCAACAGCAGGACCUUCUGCGACAGAUGAGACCAGAUAUGGCUACGCAGCAAUAUCAGAUGAUGCGCAACAUGCAGAACGGCGGCAUGAUGAACAUGAAGCAGGGCAACCUUGCCCGCGCCGCCAUGGCUAACAACCAAAACAACCCUCAAAUGAUGCUACAGCAGGCCAAGCAGAACCAGAUGCAGCGAGAUCCCUCCGGUAUGGAUGGCCAAAACAGACCCUCUUCACCAGCGUCUGGGGAGAACGCUCCCUCGCCUUCCAAGCGACAGCGCAUCGAUGGCGCACCGUUCAACCCUAACCAGCCCGGCAUGAUGCCCAAUGGCCGUCCCGGUCAAGGUAUGCCAGGCCAGCAGAUGCCCGGAGGAGCCAACACUGCCGCCGCUCAACAAACGUUACUUGCCAAUGGCAUCAAUCCUCACUCAUUACAUCCUCAGCAACUGCAGAACUUUGCCGCCGCCCCGCCCGCCGCUCAGCAAAAGUCGAUCGCGACCUACUCGCAGAACCUGCAGCAACACCAUGGUACUCAGAUGGGAGGCAAGCAGAUGCCCAAUGCCGUUCCUCAAGGCCAAGGAUCCCCAAUGAUGGCCCAGGGUCCUGAUGGAACCGCUCUCAAUGCGUUCUACAACCCAGGCGAGAUGGGAGGCCCAGGCGGCAUCCGGGCGGGACCUGGAGGUCCCCAAAACGGAGGGGGAAGCAACCAUGCCCUCCAAGACUAUCAAAUGCAGCUAAUGCUUCUAGAGCAGCAGAACAAGAAGCGACUCAUGAUGGCCCGCCAAGAGCAAGAUACUGUUGGCGGCAAUGGCAUGCCCCGAGAAGGCCAACCCGGACAACCAGGGGGUCCUGGACCCAACGGUCAGUUCCCGGAUACAUCGCCCCAGGCCAUGCGACCAGGUGCCUCACCCAACCCUGCUGAGCAGAUGAAGCGCGGCACACCCCAGAUGAACAACUCUGGCAUUCCUUCACCGGUCCCCGAAGGUGGUCAAUCCCGUGGCUCUCCCAACCCGGCCAUGAACUUCAUGGGCAACCAGAUGGAUCCCAACAUGGCACCUCACUUCUUCAAGCAGAUGGAUGGCAACAUGGGAGGCCAACCUCCGAUGAACGGCGGCAUGCGACCCCCUAGCUCUCACCCUGGUCAACCCUUCAAUGGACAGAUGAACCAGCAACAGAUGAUGGCCGCCGCACGACAACAGCAAGGCCAGCCAGGCCAAGGGCCUCAAGGAAACCCCCAGCAGUGGCAGCAAGGACCCAAUGGACAGAUGGUGCCUCAGCAGAUGCAGCAGCAAAGUCCUCAGAUCCAGGGAACUCCCCAGCAACGAUCGAUGCCUCCUCCCCAAGCACCACCUGCUGGUGCAAAUGGAGCCAACAGCAGGACAACAGCAUCCCCUCAGCAAGCAGCAGCUGCACCGCCAACUCCUAGCCAAGCUAACAAGGCCGCCCCCAAGAAGAAGAAGUCCGAGACCGCCAAGGAUAAGCGCGCUGCUGCCAACAAGAAGGCGAACCAGAACCUCAACAAUGCUGGUGCAACUCCUUCAAAUGAUAACAACGAGUCGCAGGAUACUCCAGCUCCUGCGACACCCAUUCAAAACGCCAAUGCUGCCAACUUCAAUAAGAAUGGGCAAGCUGGCAACACCGGUCAGAAUGGUCAGCCAACGACUGGCCCAGCUGCUAAUGCUCCCGCAGCUGCAACAACCGCUCCUCCUCCUCAGCCACCAGCUCCUCAGCACGACCCCAAUCAAAUGAUGGGUAUGGAUAACAGCUUUGGUCCAUUGUUUGAUGGCGGCGGCAUGGAGUUGGCCAACCCCCUCAACUCGGGUGACGUGCUCAAUGACUUCGACUUUGAUUCGUUCCUCCACGACCAAGAUGGUGAUAACUCAGCCUUCAAUUUUACGGAAGCUUUCCCCAUGGGAGAUGAGAUAGGAGCAGAUUAAUGACUUGCGAGAAGGUUUGGGUUGGCUGGCAUUACACACACGAUCUUGGGUCAGACUUAAUCAGGCAUCAUUUGUCACGGCGUUCUGAGUGGAAACUAUAUCAUGGUCAUUCGGCGAUCUGGUCCUGGAGGUGAAAUUCCCUCAUGUGGUGGCUUCAGGGGAAAAGAGCACUUUUUGUUUUUUGUUUAUGUUACCGACGCUUCCGCGGUGUUUGACUGAAACAGGUUCGACACAACUGACAUGGUUCUUUCUUUGGAAACUUCACAUCGUCCUACUUCGUCUCUUUCCUCUCCUGUCUUUUUGUUGUUGUUGUUUUUGUUACCACACUUCGUCAUUUUGCUUGCGGAUAUGGGGUACAUGAGUGGAAAAAUCCUGGAAGAGUUUCAGGAGAUCUUAUUUAAGGAUGGAAGAUGAAAGAUGAAGGGUAGGAGGGAUAUCCCAUUUGUGUAAAGUGUCGAAGUUUAUUUAUCCGGUGUAUCCUUAAAGCUCACGGCGAAAAAUUACAUACCACGCUAUUGUUGUCGUCCUUUUUUGCUUUUUUUUGUUUGUUAAGACAGACGUCACAUUUUUUUCCUUUUUCCCUCUAUGGUGGUUUGGUUAUUUGCGGUUACUUUUUUUUAUUAUCUUACGAGUUGACAUGGUGUCAUUUGUCAAAGAUCAACAUACUAUCAUAGUUACUGUCUCUCAGGUGGUGGAAUAAAACGUCCCUUUGUCUUGUUCGAUAUUGAGAAUGUGAUGUUUUCUAUGUGGCUGUCUAGGUUUGGCUGUUGCUGGAUGGUUAUGCGCUGGCUUACUGGGUAAGAAAACUUCUGACUUGUAGUCUAAGUGCUAAAAUACCUAAAUGAUCUAAAGCUCUACUAAAUCUAUUCCAAACUUACCUAAGUCUGU